CGGUCAGUUUAUUUGGUGACAUAUAGCCAAGCCAAUAAGUGUGAAUUCCCUACACGUGAAUACUUUGCGAAGGUUUUAGUCGAAUGUUUCCAGUAAGCUGGUGUUGAUGUCGUGCAAUGGUGUUGUAGCGAGGAAAACCACAAGCACGGGGGUAUACAUUACCAUGCUGCGAUUAAACUGAAAAAAAUUUGCCGAUGGAGUGGUUGUAAGAGGGUUUUGAAGCAGCGCUAUGGUAUAACUGUGAAUUUUUCAAGCCAUCACCAUAACUACUACAGUGCGUGGUGUUAUCUUACCAAAAGCGAUACGGACUUUCAGGAGAGUGAAGGGCACCCCGAUUUAAAAAGCAAAGGAAAGCCAAAAACAAGCAAGGCGAGCGACAAAGUUGCAAAGAAGGGUAGGAAAAGGGGCCCGGACAGCUCCAAAGUCGCUAAAAGUAAGAAGCGAAAACGUUUAACCUCGUCCGAGGUAGCUGAUAUACCGUUAGCGAAAAACAUCAAAACGGUGACGGAGCUUCAAGCCCUAGCUUACACACAGAAAAGGGAAGGGAAAGAGGAUCUUAUGGACUUCAUUAUUGGAAGAUCUCGUAAAGCAGUAUCUGAGCUGCUUGAAACAAAGUGGGAAAUAAAAGAAGCAGGGGAAAAGAUCGCACGCGCCCAUAAAUCACGCGUAGAGAUUCUACGAGAGGCAGGAAAUGAAGAAUGUUUGUGUGCUACUAGAGAGGAGUGGCUCAAAUGUGCCAGACAAGUGCUACAGAACAAUGAUAUUGAGGAACGUACUUUUGGUAGGGCUAUAAUGACCGCAUUAGAGAAGGGCAGGGGUAAAUAUAGGAACAUAAUGAUUAUCGGACCUGCAAAUUGUGCAAAGACAUUCCUUUUAAAGCCGCUAAGUGUAAUUUACAACACUGUCUGUAACCCGGCUACGGGUAGCUUUGCGUGGGUAGGUGUACAGGAAAAAGAAUGUAUUUUUCUGAACGAUUUCCGAUGGUCCCAGCAGUUGCUACCAUGGCACGAUUUAUUGCUUUUGCUUGAAGGGGAAAUAGUACAUUUUCCAGCGCCCAAGACACAUUUCAUGCAAGAUAUUCAGUUGGCAAAGGAUACUCCCAUCUUCUGUACCACUAAACGGCCACUUUCGUUCAUCAAGAAUGGCAUGGUAGAUGAUAGAGAAAGUGAAAUGAUGGCCGUCAGGUGGAAAAUAUUUGAACUCAGAGUGCAGAUUCCUGAGACAAGUCAGCGCGCAAUACCACUUUGUCCAGGUUGCUUUGCAAAGCUAAUUACGUGCGGUUUAUAA